AUGCCGACGCAACUUCCCGCCAAGAUGAAGGCGAUUCAGGUCAAAGAGUUCAACAAGCCGUACGAGCUCUCCGAGAUUGACGUCCCGACACCCAAGCCGCACCAGGUGCUCGUCAAGAUUCAAGCCGGCGGCUUCUGCCACACCGACUGCAUGGUCAUGGAGAAUGCCUUUGACUCGCCGCUGCCCGUCGUCGCCUCCCAUGAGCCGGCGGGUUUGGUGGUGAGUGUCGGCGCCGACGUUGCGGAAUUCAAGAAAGGUGACCGGGUGGGAUGCAUCAACUUUGACAGCUGCUGCGGCGAGUGUCCCGACUGCAAGGCCGGCCGCCCCAUCUACUGCGACAAACCGUCGAUGAAGGGCAUCAACGUCAACGGCGCCUGGUCCGAGUACAUGGUUGCCGAUGCUCGUUUUACGGUCAAGCUUCCCGAGUCCAUCAACUUCUCCACCGCCGCCUGCCUCAUGUGCGCCGGCAUCACCAUCUACGGCUCCAUCAAGCGCGCCAAUGUGCCCUCUGGGGGCUCCAUUGCCAUUGUAGGUAUUGGCGGCCUCGGGCACAUUGGCACACAACUCGCCAAAGCCAUGGGCUACAAGGUCGUUGCCGUCGACGUCAAGCAGAGCUCCCUCGACCUCGUCAACUCGUAUCGGUGGAAACCAGAUGUGAGCGUCCUCGCCACGGAGCCUGCCGAUGACGCCGUCCGCAAAAUCACUACCGUUGUAGAGGGGGCGUACCCGGGCGUCGACGCCGCCAUCCUGGCCACCGACGCGCCGCCCGCGUUUGACUUUGCCGCCGCCAUAACGAAAAAGCACGGCACGCUCGUCCUGGUUGGCCAGCCGGACAAGGGCAUUACGCUGUCGUACUUUAACGUCAUUUUCCGCGACCUCAAGCUCGUGGGGUCGCUGAUUGCGGACAAGAAGCGGGCCGAGGAGUUGGUGGCGCUGGUGGCCGAGGCGGGCAUCCAGGUCCAGAUCAAGGAGUGGCGGCCGGAGCAGGCCGAGGAGAUGCGCAAGGAGUACCUGACGGGCAAAGGUGAUGGCAAGAAUGUCAUUGUUUUUGCGUAG